UUAAAUACUUUUAUGUUUUACAAAAUAUGCAAAAAUUAUAUUGGUGUUAACUAGAACAUUAUAGAACAUUGUAGAUUUCGAUAACAGUUUCAAAGACACUUUUGAUAAAGCAAAAUGCGUGUACAUUUUUAAACAAUUUGUUUUUUAAAUAAACAUGUAUGUUGCAGCGACUUACCUGUAUUAUUGCUUUACUGAAAUCUAAUACUUCUAUAAAUGUAUAAUGUUUUAUCAAUUAUAGCAAAACGAGAUACGAAUAUUUUACUGUAAAUAUCUUCCUUGCAAUCUUAUACCUUUGAAAGCUCAUCCCAAACUAACAGUUAUAUUGUAAACGGAUCUCAUAAUAAAUACAAAAUGUCACUUUUAAUAAACAACUUUCUCUUCUAUUUUUAAACGAAACAUAAAUUUAACUGAUUUGCAUGAUUUUACUGUCUCUUUUUAUGAAAUAAUAUUUACAGAUUCUUUCGAUAGAAUAUUUAAUGCGAAUACUUUUCAUCCCAAUUUAUGUAAAUAUUCGAAUUUUGUUACCAAUUUUAAUACUUUAAUAAUUUAUUAUUAGAUUUUAUACAUUUUUUACACAUUUUAUACAGAAGAUUUUACACAUUUAUAAAUUUAUGUAUUUUAUUUUUAAAUUAUAGUAUAAGCCAAGUGUGUGUUUGUGUGCGCAUGUGCGAUUUAUGAGAUAUCUCUGAUAAAUUUCGAUGCUAUAUCGAUAUUUUAUAUACUAUUAAAAAAUAUGUUACAUUAAGUAUUAAAUUAUAAUUCAUUGUUUUUAUUAAAAUCUUUCAUGGAUACUUUUUUUUAAUCUUUAAGUCAAACCCUCCUUCUUGACACCACACGCAUAUGAACUCCGUCGUGAUAUAUAUAUUUAUGAGCGUUUUACUUUCAUACCCGCAGUCGUUGUCGAUAGAAAAAUAAGGAACUUGUCGGAAUUCCCGUCGAAUCGUCGCACGCGCGUAAAUUCGUUUCGUCGCGCCUUCGAAGACGUUUUAUCGGCGCUUUACGAAACGAUUUUCAUCUCCAGAAUCAUCGUUAAUAGUUCGCAAAUUUUUGAAGCUCUUGUGAGAAGACGCGAGGAAAACAUAUAUCACAUUAAUAUGUUUUUUUCAAGCAUAGACGAGACCAAGGCUUAACAUAAACUCUUCCCCCCUAUUCUUCAGCGUUUAAUUUCGCGAGUUCUUCUUGGUAAGUCACUCGAGUCACACAGGCUGUGUCUUGAGGGAAUAAGCUGCAUGAGAAGAGAGAAGAGAAAGGCGACAUAAUAAAAUAAAUUGUACAAAGUGUAUUUUUUGCAAAAUAAUUCAUGGAAAAGUUGUCCGCAAAUUUCACGUCGUCGUGCUGCUGAUAUUCCAACACCAACAACAUGAGCAAAACAACGAUUCAAGACAAGAUCCAUAUGACAACGCCUGAGAUGAUAGAAGCUCAUGGUUACAUAGCCGAAACCUAUCAGAUUUGCACAGAAGACGAUUAUUAUUUGACCGUGCAUCGUGUGCUUUCAUCUAAUGAUCGAGUGUUGUCAUCAGUAUCAAUAAACGCUGACCCAGUUACAAAUACCGAUGCGGCUGCUAUUGAUAAAAAUAGCGAAGAUUGCAAUUUGUCGGUUUCUCCUAAUUUUCGUGGAAUCUCAAACAUUCUUGGAUCUCAUACCAAUUCAAGUUCUAAAUUACCAGUUAUUAUAAAUCAUGGACUAUUAAGUUGUUCAAAAGAUUGGGUGCUCCUGGGACCUCAAAAAGCUCUCCCAUAUGUCCUUUGUGAUAGUGGAUUUGACGUUUGGCUGACAAACAGUCGCGGAAACAUUUACUCCAAAUCUCAUAAAUAUUACUCGACUAAGGAUAAAAUAUUUUGGAAUUUUAGCUGGCAUGAAAUUGGAUAUUAUGAUUUACCAGCAACAAUAGAUUAUAUCUUAGAAAAAACUGGUUAUUCUAAACUAUAUUAUAUCGGUCACAGUCAAGGUACAACUGUGUUUUACGUUAUGGCUAGCGAAAGACCUGAAUAUAAUGCUAAGAUCGCAGGAAUGAUAAGCUUGGCGCCUGCAGCAUUUCUGAGCAAUACAAAGUGGGGACUUAAUAUUUGCAACAAACGCCAAAUCGCUCUUAAUAAGUUGCAAAAUUAUACAUUAAAAACUAUAGUGUCCAACACUUCACACAUAGUACUGAAGAUUUUAUUAAACUCACUUGUUUUUCCUUGGCUUGGAUUCAACGAUCAAAUCGAUGAAUUUGUGUACUUUUUAAUAACUGAAUAUUUUCCAGCAGGCAGUUCAAUUAAACAAUUGUAUCAUUAUUUUCAGAUAAUAAUUAGCGGAUCUUUUGAAAAAUACAAUUAUGGCGCUAAAGCAAACUUAAUCAUCUAUGGUUCUACAAAACCACCUAAAUAUAUUCUUAAAAAUGUAAAUUCACCUAUAGCAAUCUUUUACUGUGAUAAUGACUUAUGCGUUCAUCCUAUUGAUGUUAAAAAAUUAGCGGAUAAUUUACCAAAUCUUAUACAAAUCGAAAAAAUAGCGUAUGAAAAAUUUAGUCAUCAAGAUUUUAUUUGGGGUCACGAUGCAAGGACAAUGCUGUAUAAUGAUAUUGUGACUUUAUUAAAGAAAUUUUGAUGUUGAUAUCAUAACAAUUUUGCAAACAAUUGUCGACAUCUUUGUGUUUAUAUAUAUACAUAUAUAAUAUCAACUCAAAGAUAUCAUUUACUAAUCUAUCAGUAAAUGUUAGAAUGGUGACAGACUAAUUGCAAACUUAACAAAAAAAUGUUAAUUAUAUUAAUAUAUCUAGAACUGUAGUCUGUUUAUGUUAUAUAUAUAAUAAUUUGCUCUCAUAAUCAGCAAUUAAAUUAACGACAGAAGCUAAGCAGAAUUUGUGCGACACAAUCUGGCAGAUUAAAAAGCAAAGAUUGAGCAGAUCUUAUAGAUAUUUAAAUCAUACAUUAGUGUUAUUGAAAAAAGGUAUAUAUUUCGAUCAAAGGAGACAUUAUAAUAAGGUGACCAUAAGGGAGACAUUAUUAUAAGGUGACCAUUAUAAUAUAUGUAUAUCAAGGUCAAGAUUAUCGGGGCGGUCUUCCCUAAUUAAAAUAUUUAUCUGAAAAAAUUUUAAAGUAACGUUUUUAUUUUUUUUUUAAUUUUAAUUGUCAAGGAGAAUUUUUUUUAACUGUUUUAUUAAUAAAAAUUAAUAUAUUUUACAUUUAAACGUAAAUAUAAAUAAAACAUAAACAACACAAUAAGAUCAUAAAAAUGCGUGUCAUGAUUAGUAGUAUAUGUUAUUUAUUAUUUAAUAUUUAAUGUUUAUAUAUGGUAAAAUAUAUAGCAAAAUUAAGCUAAAUUAAAAAUGUAUUUUAGAGAAUGUAAAAUACAUUCAUAGUAUAUUUCAUAGUAUGUCACAAAGUAUAUUAGUUAUAUUUCAUAAACCUAGCUUUAGAUAAAUAAUAAUUAAGAAUUACUAUGUUUAAAUCUCAUAUGUAUAA